UGGUUAAAGGUUUUUACAAGAUAUUCUUACUAUAGCAUGAUUCUGGUAGUCUUCAUGCUACUUGUUGUUCCAAUUAAUUAAAACAGUUUAAAGCAUAAAUUAUUUAAAUCUUAUUUUAACCAUAAUUUUGUAGCUAAAUUUUUUUCCCCAAAACUUUGCAAACAUUCUGUGCAAACUUAAUUAAUGCUGAGGAAAAAGGAUUUUAAUAGUUGCCCAAUGUUCUUCAAAAGACAAAAAGAAUAAUGAAACAUGCUCAUCUGAACUCCACCCAUUUUUCAAUUUCAACAUAGUAAAUCUCCUGUUUUUUCUUAGGGCAUAUUCAAAAGCAUACAUAUUGGUAUUGGUUAUUACUGAAGAUAAUUUAUGCAAUCAUGAGUCAAAGAUGCUAAGUUGACAAAAAGAAAACCAUGCAAGUAAGCAAACCCUAACAUCUGAGAGGCACACCCUCUCAGUAUAUAAAGGCUUGCCACUGUCCUUGGUAGCAGGCACUCCCUGAGCUCAACAGCAUCAACAUGUCUGUUCGAUACAGCUCAAGCAAGCAGUACUCUUCCUCCCGCAGUGGGGGAGGAGGUGGAGGAGGAUCAUCCCUCAGAAUUUCAAGCAGCAAAGGCUCCCUUGGUGGAGGAUAUAGCUCAGGGGGCUUCAGUGGUGGCUCUUUUAGCCGUGGGAGCUCUGGUGGAGGCUGUUUUGGGGGCUCUUCAGAUGGCUUUGGAGGAAUAGGAGGAGGUUAUGGUGGAGGUAGCUUUGGUGGAGGCUUCGGAAGCAGCAGCUUUGGUGGGGGCUAUGGAAGUGGGGGCUAUGGAAGUGGGGGCUAUGGAGGAGGCAGCUUUGGAGGUGGCAGUUUCGGUGGGGGCAGCUUUGGUGGAGGUGGCUAUGGAGGAGGCUUUGGUGGUGGAUUUGGAGGAGAUGGUGGCCUUCUCUCUGGAAAUGAAAAAGUAACCAUGCAGAAUCUGAAUGACCGGCUGGCUUCCUACCUUGACAAAGUUCGGGCUCUGGAAGAAUCAAACUAUGAGCUGGAAGGUAAAAUCAAGGAGUGGUAUGAAAAGCAUGGCAACUCAAGCCAGUGGGAGCCUCGGGACUACAGCAAAUACUACCAAACCAUUGAAGAACUGAAAAAUCAGAUCCUCAACCUAACAACGGACAACGCCAACGUCCUGCUUCAGAUUGACAAUGCCAGGCUGGCAGCUGAUGACUUCAGAAUGAAGUAUGAGAAUGAGGUAACCCUGCGACAAAGCGUGGAGGCCGACAUCAACGGCCUGCACAGGGUGCUGGACGAGCUGACCCUCACCAAGGCUGAUCUGGAGAUGCAGAUCGAGAGCCUGACUGAAGAGCUGCAGUACCUGAAGAAGAACCAUGAAGAGGAAAUGAGAGACCUUCAGAACGUAUCUACUGGUGACGUGAAUGUGGAAAUGAAUGCUGCCCCAGGUGUUGAUCUGACUGAACUUCUGAAUAACAUGAGAAGCCAAUAUGAGCAACUUGCUGAAAAGAACAGAAAGGAUGCUGAAGCCUGGUUCAAUGAAAAGAGCAAGGAACUGACUGCAGAAAUCGAUAACAUUGAACAAAUGUCCAGCCACAAAUCCGAAAUUACUGAAUUGAGACGCACGGUUCAAGGUCUAGAGAUUGAACUACAGUCCCAACUGGCCCUGAAACAUUCCCUGGAAGCCUCCUUGGCAGAAACGGAAGGUCGCUACUGUGUGCAGCUCUCACAGAUUCAGGGCCAGAUCACCUCCCUGAAGGAACAGCUGCAACAGAUUAGAGCUGAAACCGAGUGCCAGAACGCUGAAUACCAACAACUCCUGGAUAUUAAGAUCUGACUGGAGAAUGAAAUUCAAACCUACCGCAGCCUGCUAGAAGGAGAGGGAAGGUAAUUGGAAAACUGGGGA